GACUUCAAAGUCUUCAAAAGUUUGGGCUCCUGCGAAUCUCAGUAAACCCAGAUUGGGGUUACAUGCUUAGAACAAGUGAUGGCCUCCUACCCAGUCCGCCUUGUCCUCUUGUCUUGUAUUUGCCCUCUGGUUUUCUUCUCUGCUUUGUUUCUCUUCAGCUUUAUCUCUUCCGGGUUGUACCUCUUCUUCUUCUUCUCCAUUGUUUCUAUUUGCUGCUGCCUUUUGGCUUUCACUCUUUCCCAUAAACAGACACCCGCAACACCAGACACUUCUGCUUCAGCUACCACCAACACAGAAGUGAUUCCUUCUUCUUCGUCGUCGUCUUCUUCUCCACGGUCCGGUAAACUCACCUACGAUGUGUUCCUGAGUUUCAGAGGUGAAGAUACCCGCAAGAAUUUCACGGACCAUCUCUACACUGCUCUCUGGCAGAAAGGGAUACACACGUUUCGAGAUGAUGAAGAGCUUGUGAGGGGGGAAUCGAUUGCUCCCAAUCUCUUGAAAGCAAUCGAAGAAUCAAGAUAUGUCAUUGUUGUCUUCUCACCAAACUACGCCGAUUCUGCAUGGUGUUUGGAUGAGGUUGCCGAGGUCGCCGAUUGCAUGAAGGAAAUGGGAACAAAAGUCCUUCCAGUGUUCUACCAUGUUGAUCCGUCGGAGGUACGAAGACAAACAGGAGAGCACUUUGGGAAAGCAUUUGAGAAGCAUCAGAAGAGGUAUAAAAAGGAACCAAACAAAGUACAGAGGUGGAAAGACGCUCUUUUCCAAGUAGGCAAUCUCUCUGGAUGGCACCUGCAAGAUGGGUCUGAAUCCAAAGUAAUUCAAGAAAUUGAAGAAAAGGUUUUCACUGAGAUGAAUAAAAUAAUCUCCACAUCUGAGGGCUUAGUUGGGAUGGAUUCUCACCUGAAUGAACUGUUUCCCUACUUAAACAUUGGGGGUCUCGAUGUUCGCAUCAUAGGGAUUUGUGGCAUGGGUGGUAUCGGGAAGACUACUAUUGCACAAGUGGUUUUUGAAAGUUUAAGAGCUCAGUUUGAAGGUGAUAGCUUUCUUGAGAAUGUUAAACAUGAAACUGAAGAGCAGGGUAGUACAAUUCAUUUACAAGAGAAACUUCUCUUGAACUUGCUGAAUACUAAUGUCAAUGUACAAAACACUAAAAUGGGAAAAGACAUUAUUAAGCAUAGACCAUCUACUAAAAGGGUGCUUGUUGUUCUUGAUGAUGUGGAUCAAGAUAUACAAUUGGAAACAUUGUGUCACCGUACUUGGUUUGGUCCUGGGAGUAGAAUCAUAUUAACAUCCAGAGAUGAACACUUGAUCAGUGCAUUUGGAGCAGAUAAAAUAUACAUGGUGAAUGCAUUAACUGAUCCUGAAGCUUUUGAUCUCUUUCGUUUGAAAGCCUUCAAUGAAGAUGAGACUGGAGAAGAUUUUCUCAAGCUAUCCUAUGAAUUUUUGAAAUGUGCUAAUGGCCUUCCAUUAGCUAUUAAAGUUUUGGGAUCGUCUGUUCGUGGCAGAAGUUUAAACUUAUGGUCAAGUGCAUUGAAGAGACUUGAAAAAAAUCCUCCAAAAGGAAUUAUUGAUGUUCUUAAAGUCAGUUUUGAUGGAUUAGAAGAAACAAAAAAGAAAACCUUUUUAGACAUCGCGUGUUUCUUUAAAGGAUUGAACAAGGAUUGUGUAAUAAGAAUACUAAAUGGUUGUGACGAUGACGGUGUGGAGAUGGAUGUACAUGUUCUUAUUGAUAGAUCUUUGGUAACUCUAUUUGGAACAAAAUUGUGGAUGCAUGAUUUGAUACAAGAAAUGGGUCGGGAAGUUGUUCUUCAAGAAUGCCGUGAAGAGCCUGGAAAACGUAGCAGGUUGUGGCUUCCCAAAGAAAUCAUCCAUGUACUUGCUCGGGGUAAGUGCAGUUGAAAGCAUAUUCCUGGUAUGUCCAACAGGAGAU